AAACGGCCGCGGAGUCUGACCUCCCAGGCGUUGACCUGGACCCAACUGCGCACGCGCAGUCUCGUCCUGUAGCUUGCACAGCGCGGUUUUGCCUCUUGCGCUCCGAGCUUCAGCUUCGCUCGGGCGGUUCUUCGCUGUGUGGACGCUCGUGUUUCUCUCACGGCUCUCCCUGUGCCCCAGCUCCAGAUCUGCCCUUCUCCUUUUAUGCGUUUCCUCUUCUUUUGAUUUUCCCGUUUCCUUCCCUCAUCCUACCUCGGGUUGCGUCCCUUUCCAUGUCUCUCUUCCUGUCCGUUUAGGCGCUGAUUUUCCUAACUUCGGUUUUCUCGUUCUCUUGAGAGUUCCUGUCCUUCUGUCCAUCCUGCUGAUUUUCGCACCCCCUUCCUCCACGAUCCUAUUUUCCGAAUCGCCUGGCCCUGUCCACCCCCCCCCCCUCCCCCUUCCCUCUCUUUCCGAGGCUGUAGUCUGUCCCUUCGUCCCUUUCCGGUCUCGGCGUUCAUCUCCCUCCUCGGUUUCGCCUCAGUUCAUCGGUUGCAUCUGGGCUCCACUCUGUCAUCGUCACCUGCCUUCUCCGUGCGUCCCACGGUUUCCCUCCCACCCGCUCCUGUUGUCCCCUUCUCUGCGCUUCCUGCCUCGGUCUCCUUUUCCCUCUGAGUGCCACGUCUUUGUGUCCCAGGCCUCAUUUUCCUGCCUCUCCCAUUGUGCUCUGGGUGCUGGUCCUCUGACUCCCUGCAAGGUUAUAGGCCACGUUUGCUCCUCCUCCUCUGCACGGUUUCUCUCUUGCAGGCGUAGCAUCCCCUCUGACCACCUCUUCUUCGUCCUUUCCCCGUGAGAAUUUCAUUCCGCUUUUUUCUGUUUGUGUCUCCAUUUGUGCUCAGACUUCUGGAUCCUGUCGUUUUGCAUUCCAGGCCGGUGUGUGCUAUCUUCUCUGAUUGGCCCGAUCCCUUUGUGUGAUCCUUUGUCAGCCUUCAUUUCCCUGUCCUGUGUUCCAUCUUUUCUGCGGGUCUCAGCGCCUUUGUUUGCUACAGACUCCUGAAUUACAGAGCCCGUGUGCCAGGCAUUCUGGACAGAAAAGGGUGGCAGAAGUGACCUCUACCUGGACUGCUGUGCAGGCGAGCAGUACUAGACAAAGUUGGACAGAAACAGUGACCCAGAGGCGGGUGAACAGAGAAUUCAGAAACUGACGAGAACAGAGCUUGAUACCUGGAUUGAUCUUGGUUCUGGAUUGACCUCUAGCAUCCAGGACCCCAACCCAGGACCAUGGGACCCCAGCACUUCAGCCCUGUGCAUCUCUUCUGCCUCCUAGGGGCCAUCUCCACUGUGCCUCGGGCUGUGGCUCUUUUAUGCUAUGAAGCAACGUCCUCACUCUUCAGAGCUGUUUCUCUUCAUGACUGGAAGUGGCUUCUGAUGAGGAGCAUGGUGUGUAAGCUGAGUGAGGGAUGUGAGGAGACACUGGUGUUCAUCGAGACAGGGACCAGAAGGGGAGUUGUGGGUUUUAAGGGCUGCAGCCCAGCCUCAUCUUACCCCCAGCAAGUCUCCUACCUUGUUUCGCCGCCUGGAUUGUCCAUUGCCUCCUACAGCCGCGUCUGCCGGACAUAUCUCUGCAAUAACCUCACCAACUUGGAUCCUUUUGUGAAACUCAAGGCCAGAACUCCUAAGUCUACAGCAUUUUCUCCCCAUAGUUGCCCAACCUGUGUGGGCGAGCACUCCAAGGAUUGCCUCCCAAAUUUUGUCACCACUGAUUCCUGUCCCUACGACGCCUCUCAGUGUUAUAGUUCCACCUUAAAAUUUCAGGCAGGCUUACUCAAUACCACCUUCCUCCUCUUGGGCUGUGCUCGUGGACACCACAAACUUUUAGAAAAUUAUCACCAUAUUGGGAACAUCAGAGUGACCGAGGUCCUCAACAUCUUACAGAAGGCCCAGAUUGCUGGCGCAGAGCCCUCCAGUUGGAAUCCUGCUUGGAGCCUCCUUUCAGGACUUCUGCUGGCCUUCAGGGACUGACAAUCUAGCUGGACUGCACAAACCCCUUCCUGUUACCCAGUAAAGUCAUAGAGUUGCC